AUCCCAGAAGCCUUGGAGAAGGAGAAGCGGGUUCCGGCGUUGUACCCAUAGUCCACUUUGGAACGUUUAGGCAACGUGGUCUGAUUCUUUGCGAGAAGGCGUUCGCGUUUGUGCUCGGCCUCCUGCGGCCUCGCAGGCCUUUGGGGGCCGAAAGUUUGGUCUCUUUUCACUGGUAUACGAGCUCGCGGCGGGCCGCGCAGCGCCCUGACCCGGCCUCACCAUGUUGGUGCUAUUUGAAACGUCUGUCGGCUACGCCAUUUUUAAGGUUUUGAAUGAGAAGAAACUUCAAGAGGUUGAUAGUUUGUGGAAAGAAUUUGAAACUCCAGAGAAAGCAAAUAAAAUAGUAAAGCUAAAACAUUUUGAGAAAUUUCAGGAUACAGCAGAAGCAUUAGCAGGGUUUGUUUCCCCCCCAUGUGAUGAGAGGUGAGAAGUGGUUAAAUUGAUCUCCCUGUGGAAACCAACAGCAUAAUGCUGAAGCACAAUUCAGUAAAAGCUGUUCUACAAGGGACCAAGCAUUCACAGCUCUAAUGGAGGGCAAAAUCAAUAAGCAGCUGAAGAAAGUUCUGAAGAAAAUAGUAAAAGAGGCCCAUGAACCCCUGGCUGUAGCUGAUGCUAAACUAGGAGGGGUCAUAAAGGAAAAGCUGAAUCUCAGUUGUAUCCAUAGUCCUGUUGUUAAUGAACUUAUGAGAGGAAUCCGUUCCCAGAUGGAUGGAUUAAUCCCUGGAGUAGAACCACGUGAAAUGGCAGCUAUGUGUCUUGGAUUGGCACACAGCUUGUCCCGAUAUAGAUUGAAAUUUAGUGCUGAUAAAGUGGACACCAUGAUUGUUCAGGCAAUUUCCUUGUUAGAUGACUUAGAUAAAGAACUAAACAACUACAUUAUGCGGUGUAGAGAAUGGUAUGGCUGGCAUUUCCCUGAAUUAGGAAAAAUUAUUUCAGAUAAUCUGACAUACUGCAAGUGUUUACAGAAAGUCGGCGAUAGGAAGAAUUAUGCCUCAGCCAAACUUUCUGAAUUACUGCCAGAGGAAGUUGAAGCAGAAGUGAAAGCAGCUGCGGAGAUAUCAAUGGGAACAGAGGUUUCAGAAGAAGAUAUUUGCAAUAUUCUGCAUCUUUGCACUCAGGUAAUUGAAAUCUCAGAAUAUAGAACCCAGCUCUAUGAAUAUCUGCAAAAUCGAAUGAUGGCCAUUGCACCAAAUGUUACAGUCAUGGUUGGGGAAUUAGUGGGAGCACGGCUCAUUGCUCAUGCAGGUUCUCUUUUGAAUUUGGCCAAACAUGCAGCUUCUACGGUUCAGAUUCUUGGAGCAGAAAAGGCACUCUUCAGAGCCCUGAAGUCUAGACGAGAUACCCCAAAGUAUGGUCUCAUUUAUCAUGCUUCACUUGUAGGCCAGACAAGUCCCAAAAACAAAGGAAAGAUUUCUCGAAUGCUGGCAGCCAAAACUGUUUUGGCUAUCCGGUACGAUGCUUUUGGUGAAGAUUCCAGUUCUGCGAUGGGAGUUGAGAACAGAGCCAAAUUAGAGGCCAGGUUGAGGACCUUGGAAGAUAGAGGGAUAAGGAAAAUAAGUGGAACAGGAAAAGCGUUAGCAAAAACAGAAAAAUACGAACAUAAAAGUGAAGUGAAGACUUAUGAUCCUUCUGGUGAUUCCACACUGCCAACCUGUUCUAAAAAACGCAAGAUAGAACAGGUAGAUAAAGAAGAUGAAAUUGUUGAAAAGAAGGCCAAAAAAGCCAAGGUUAAAAUUAAAGUUGAAGAAGCCCCAGUAGCAACAGAGGAAGAAGAAGAAGAAGAAGGAGUACUAGUGGUAGAAGAACAGGAGACAUCUGUGAAGAAGAAGAAGAAGAAGGACAAAAAGAAACACAUUAAGGAAGAACCGCUUUCUGAGGAGGAACCAUGCACCAGCACAGCAAUUCCUAGUCCAGAGAAAAAGAAGAAAAAGAAAAAAAAGAGAGAUAAUGAGGACUAAUUGAAGGGAACCAUCUUUGAAUCAUUGGGAUACAUCACACUUAAGAUUCAGUCAGGAAUGUAUCUGAGAUGUUCUCUAACUGGAAGGUUGGAUGAAACAAUGUUACUAAUCAUCUGUACCUUUUCAAACCUAUGUGUCUUGACACCAGUUCUGUUAACUUGAUUAUGUUAUCAUU